UCCGGUCAUUGCAGAAUCUUUUCAAAAAUUUGGCGCAAAAGAUGGAGAUCUGCUUGAAUGAAGAGGAAGAAUAUAGGGUGAAGUUUACGUCGAAAAAAAAUGUGGUCGAACAAAUUAAGAAAUACAAAGAACUACUGAAGAAGGUAUUGAAUGGCCAACCUCAGCUAUCCGAGGAAGCCAAGCAACUGUUACAAGAAGAGUUGCUGGCGAACUUCGAGACUGCUGUUCAAGAAAACGUGUUGAUCAAUAAUCAGACGUGGGAGGAGGCUCCUGAUGAAGAGGAAGAUGAAUGCAGUGCACUUGACGACCUGCUGGAUGAGAACAUUGUGGGAACUUCUCGGAAACGACGUAAAGGUCCUAAAGAGAUCCUCCCCUAUGUCGUACGGUCACUAAAGGCGGAGCGUAAACUCAUGGGAAUGUAUGAAGAAGUAGUGAAGCCACAAGAAAUGGGAAAGGACCCAGUACAAGAAACCAUCAUGGCCACUUUAUUGGAUGCUGCACCUCGUAUGUUUAAGCAAGCCAGCGCAGUAAUGAAGUCUCUCCAGGUAGUGCAGCAGAGGGCCGAGGGCCUGGGACAGGUGCUGAACAUGUGUCCCACAGCGGAGUCCCUGGAGGUGUUCAGGGAGGUGAUGGGCAGCAGGCCCAAUGGAGAGGAAAAGAGAGCUAGUAGGACCAGACCACCCAUCAGGAGAGCCAUGGAGCAAACAGAGCUCAGAAACAACUAUGCUCCUGGUCUAAAGAGGCCAGCCAUUUGUAACAGCAAUGACAACCCUGAGUGAAAUAUAUGCCACAUAAAUGCUUCCUGAUCAUGGAACAUGUACUCUUAUUUGUGAUUGGAAGGAUGCAAUACUGUAGUACUCCCCACAGUGAUAAGGCCUAUGUUUGCAGCAGUCUGUGAUACAAUACUGCCCUCACAUGAUGGAUAAUGGGAAAUGCACCCAAUAGUAGUGUACAUUGUUUUUAUACUGUAUAUUUAAAUGGCUUUAGAAGAGAAAAUAUAUAUUUUUGCUUGUGUGUUCUUUUUUUCCCCUUUGCCGUUUGGCAUUUGUCACAGUUGAAAACGCACAGGUUGUAGGCUUAUGUGAAUAAAGGCUACUUAAACAAGCUGUAACAGCCAGGUUUAAAGGUCCAA